GGCUCGGGUAGAGGGACCCCGCUGGGCGGAGGGAGACAGGGAGAGACUUCGUUGGGCAGAUGGGACACCGUGUGCGGGGCUGUCCUGGUCGUAGGGGCUGCCUGCCCUCGGGAGACGCACGCGUGAAUGCGGAGCCGGCUGAGCGAAUGGGCGCCGGCGCGGGCGGUCCAGGCGGAGGAAGCAGCCUGCGCGGCGUUUGUGGACGCUGCUGGAGCGAGGCGGAGGGUGGCGGCGGAACUGAGGCCCAGGAAAUGAAAGGAGUGACUUGCAUGAAGUCCCACAUGGAUUAAGAAUCUGGAGCUGAGGCAGGUGUCAGGUGGGCAGAAGGCAAAGUCCUCUGAGACUUGGGCAAAGAGAGUGAUGGAGAGCCACGAGCGACGGCCCUUGGUCCUGCGUGAGGAGAUGGGGGGAUGCUGCUCCUCCCUGAGUGCCAGUGGGGGUGUGCACAUUGAGCCCCGGUAUAGACAGUUCCCCCAGCUGACCAGAUCCCAGGUGUUCCAGGGCGAGUUAUACAGUGGAUUCAUGUGGUUCUGGAUCCUCUGGCGCUUUUGGCAUGACUCAGAAGACGUGCUGGGUCACUUUCCGUAUCCUGAUCCUUCCCAGUGGACAGAUGAAGAACUAGGUAUCCCUCCUGAUAAUGAAGACUGAAGAUACAGACUCAGACUCGCUCUGUACAAGAGCCAGGUGAGAAUUUCGAGGAUUAUCGACUUCAUAUUUAAAGUUACAAAUUAAAGUGGCUUGGUCAAGAAUGA